AGUGUAUAACUUGGUAGCCAUGUUGGUUGUAUUUCGAUGAGUGUUGUGUUUGUUCGUCGUUGGCUCGUGGCUUUUUUAAUAGCCAUAGGAAUCAUUCUGAUAGUAGCACUUUCUCUCAGGAAGUCUUACCAAGAGUCUGACAUCUUGGAAGUUCCCAUCACUGAAUUUCAGUGGAUCAACAUCGAAAACUUGACAGAGUUUAGAGCUUGUAGAAAUUCAAUUCAAGGAGCUUUAUUGAUUGUGGAUGAAAGAGGAUUUGUUUGUAGUCGGGGAGACCUGUCUGCCAGUGGAUGUUGUCACAGCAGUGGAGAUAGUACUAAACGUUAUGAGUGCUCAGAUUGUCAAAAAAAUAACUGCUGCAGUAUUUAUGAGCACUGUGUUUCCUGUUGUUUAAAUCCUAAUAAUAAGGAGUUACUGAGGCAAAUUUUAAAACUGGGAUCAUCAGUGCCUAAUGUGAUAUCAAAGUCUGUCAGUGAUCAGUUUGAACUCUGCUUGGUCAAAUGCCGCACUUCUUCUAAAAGUGUUUGGCAUGAGAAUUCAUACAAAGAUAAGAUGUUCAAACACUGUUUUGGUCUAAGUGGACCUGACUUUGCAACUUAAUAGUUGUAUUCUA